AUGAGCUAUCGUUUCAUUACAGAAAAUCUUGGUUUCGUUUUUCCUUCCAACCAGGUGAUCACUGGAGGUCAUUAUGACGUUGACUGUCGUUUGGAAGAUCCUGAUGGCACUGUGUUGUACAAAGAGAUGAAGAAACAGUAUGACAGCUUCACGUUUACUGCAUCCAGAAAUGGAACAUACAAGUUCUGCUUCAGCAACGAAUUCUCUACUUUCACACACAAAACCGUGUACUUUGAUUUCCAGGUUGGAGAAGAUCCACCACUGUUUCCUAGUGAGAACAGAGUAACGGCACUUACCCAGAUGGAGUCUGCGUGUGUUUCGAUUCACGAAGCUUUGAAGUCUGUCAUCGAUUAUCAGACUCACUUUCGCUUGAGAGAAGCACAGGGUCGCAGCAGAGCAGAGGAUUUAAACACGAGGGUGGCCUACUGGUCAAUAGGGGAAGCCAUCAUUCUUCUUGUCGUUAGUAUCGGGCAGGUGUUUCUUCUCAAAAGCUUCUUCUCAGAUAAAAGAACCACGACAACCCGUGUUGGAUCAUAACUGGUAGUGGUAAUGCUUCAGGUCAUUGUGUGCUACUCAUCUGUAAAAAAUUACUGAUCUCCAGCUAAUUGCAGGUACAAAGGAUCUGAAUAUAUGCAACACUCACAUGUGUCUACCCUUCAUCCCUUAAAAAUCACAAAACAGACCCAAAAUGUUGUGAAAGAGACACCUGGUGAUCUUACAAAAAAAAAAAUGACAA